GCGAGAUGAGACUUGUGACGUUGGUUUUGGUUGUCCUGAGGGAGCAAAGAAGGUUGGAUGUUAUCGGUGUUGCGGGACGUUUAAGCAGCGAUUCGGGACUGUGGACUGUGUUAAGAAAAUCUGCACUUUUCCGCGAAAAGAGGGACUGUUGGGCGGUAUGGAGGGUUAAACCAGUACAUUUCCAGUUAAAUGUAUCAGCGAGGAGGAGACAGAGGAUGGCAUCAAGGUCACGACAAUGCUUAUCACCAUCAACGGGAUGUUUACCCAGUAAGGAGUCACUGUUCAAGGCCAUACAGAGGAGGCCAUCCCAGACAUAGGGAACAUGGGAAUUAUGGCUCUGAAGGGUACCAUGAAUAUCCUGAUAAUUCAUGUCAUGAAAGAAACUAUGGCGAUGGCCAGUAUAUGGAUUAUGAAGAACCUCCAUACCACAGUGAAGACAGGCCUUAUCAGGAGUACAGGGACUCUGGAUACAGUAGGGGUGGGCAUCAUGACAGUGGGUACCAUAAGGGGUCAUACUACAGAGGUGGAUACAGGGGUGGAGACCAAGGCCGCUAUCACAGUAAACACUCGGAAACAUACCGGAAAAAGCACAGCUCUAAAUAUUCCAAAGUUUACAGUAAAGACUAUGAAACGGCUGGAAAAUCAAAGUUUGCCACCACAAAACCUGCACCAAAAGUGGUCCCAAACCCUGUUCGCAGUGUUGUGGUGCUAGUAUCUGGGCAGGAUGAAGGUGAAAGGACUGUUUCAUCAAAAGAAAAAACUGGUGCAGAAGAGACCCCAAAACCUACUGAGGAUACUAAGACAGAGAGCACAUUAAAAGACUGUGUAGUUCCAGCCUCUGAAGUGAAGCAAGAGUGCCCAGAGGACAUAGAAAUUAAACCUGUUGCUGAAAUUAAAACAGAGAUAACUGAAGAACCCAAAGAGGAAAGCUUACCUAUAGCUGACAGCCAAAAGGAUGACACAUUGACUAGAACUGUAAAGAGAGAGCACUCUGGUGAAGGAGAACAUAGCUUUAACAACAAUAAAAGCGAGGGAGAGACCUGCACAGUAAAGAAAUUGUGUAGUGAAAGGAUUCCAGAAAUGUGCUGCAAUGAAGACAAGAUAAAGAUCCCUUUGCUGGAUGACUGGACUGCUGUUUCCCCACCCUCACCAGUAACUCCAGGUGUUAGUGAUCAGGGUGGAGCCGGCUCUGAAAUAGGACAGGAGCCAUCUGAAACUGCUCUGGCACUACGCACUGCCUUUAUCUUGACCAAAAAGGAAGAGCUGGAGAUGGCAUAUGCUCAAGACUGCAGAACAUUUGCUUUUGUGGCAGACACACUGCUGAAAAAGAACCCAACAAUUCAGGCUGCCAUAGCUAGUGCUCUUCGUUCUAGUCUGUAUGACCUAGCUGGUCGUUGUGUGCAUGAACUGACCAGCUUUAUAGAAAGCUAUGAUAGAGAAAACAAUGUCCUUUUCAGUACUGAAAAAAAUGUACAGGACCCUGAUGAGUGAUAGAUGCUUGUUUACAAUUUUCUAUUUGGAAGAUUUUUUUACAUAACUUGGGAUGCAGACUAGGAUAUUUCUUGUAUAUUGUAUAUUUUUUUUUUUUUGUUUAAAAAAGAAAAUUUGUUCUCUAAGUACUUUUACACAACCAAGUGCCUUUUUAAUCACAUUUUUUCUUUUCUCAUAAUGCAAUGCAUCAUGUGCCAAAAAUUGGUCCUGGAUCAGUCGGCAAAAUAAAAUAAAAAAGUGUCUUUAAUAA